AUGUUAGGAGCCCCUACGAUUCUCCCCUUUAUUGCAGACUCAAAGAAGAAUGCAGUCAAUCCUGCUGACCUAGCUACUCGGACUCAUGCUUCUAUCGCCACCACCAAAGGUUCUACUUUUAAAACGUUAUCUCAAAAAUCCCCAUGGAUUAUCAACUCGGGUGCUACGGAUCACAUAACUUUUGAUCCUAGCCAAGUUAUUAGUCGCAAAUCAUCCACUCUAUCUGCGAUGUCUAAUGCUAAUGGUACCCCCUUCCCUGUGAUUGGGGAGGGCUCUAUAUCUCUCUCUAUUUCCCUACAUCUUAAUUCUGUAUUACUUGUUCCAUCUUUGGACCAUAACUUGUUAUAUGUUGCACAACUUACUACUACUUUGGGGUGUAUCGUAACAUUUUGGCCGAAUCAUUGUGUUUUUCAAGAUAUCCUCACAGGACAAACGAUUGGUUGUGGUACUCAACGGGGCAAACUCUACUACUUGGACUGGGCACCGGAUAAUGAGGUCAAGCUUGGUCAAGCUUUCAGAACUAGUGGAACUCGUUCUGAGGGGGAGAGAGACAAAAUUUGGUUAUGA